GUCUCUCAAACAUGGCCACCGUGAUGGAGUGUAUGCAAUAACUUUAAAUUUGAGGUUUUUCGUAGAAAACGCAUAUUUGUUUUUUGAAGGAAUGUUCAACCAGAAAACAUCACACAUAAUGCUGUAUCCACCUGGAAGCUUUGGGGAAAGUUACAUGGGGGAUAUUACGCUGAUAUAAGUUGACAGGGAGCUGGAAAAAAGAAUUGCAAUCAAUUUCGUAAGCAUUCUGCUUUCUCGUGAAUGUUUUUCAGCGUUUUUAUUGCAUUUAUUGUAAGUUUUUCCGCCAUUUGACGACUAAGGAUUAAUUUCUUUGAUAUUUAGCGAAGACUAAAAGAUGAUACCGAUUGGAAGUAAAAUACGGCAUCUUUUUGUGCAGCAGUGUACUUCAGAAAAAGGAAAGUAACCAGUUUUAAAUAAAGGGAAAGAGACGAGGUUUGCUGUUGGACCCUAUAACCGGUUACUUUUUUUUCAACCAAGUGAAGAAAUGUUUUUUGGAAUAUAACCUUAACCAGUUGUAUGCUUUUGAAGCCCAUGAACUGCAUUUGUUUCUUCUAUAAUUUUACGCUGGAGAGUGAUAAGCUACAGCGGCAAAAAACCCAUUUCCUCAAAAUAUUAAACAAAAGUAUUUACUACAUUUCUCGUAUGACAGUGAAGGUCAUGACGGUAAUAACAUCAAACUUCUAGUUUUGAAAGCAUGUCAUCAGAGGACAAGACUGCGGAGGCCUCUGACCAAGGACCUUCGGCGCUCCCCGACGACGCCGGGGACAUGCCCGCGGGCAGCCCGGCCGCCGCAGACAGACGCCCCCGGGGUCGGCCGCGCAAGGAUGUCCUCGCCUCCACGCCCAAGCCCAGGAAAAAAGUCCGCAGCAGAGGAAGGGCUUCUGCCGACGAUGACGAUGGCACGGACGGAACGGAGGCAGCAGAAUCUGACGACACUCCGGAGUCAGGAGAAAGAAAGGACUCUUUCGGGGAGGGCGAGGACGACGGCGACAGCGAGGGGGACCUGCUGGCUGGCGGGCUGGGGGAGGAUGGGCCGCUGUCGCCCAUGUUCCAGCACUGUGUGUCGGAGGACUCCGCCGGGUCCUCUACCUUAGCCGCUGCGGAGGCCAAAAUCAGUGAACAGCUCUGUGCCUUCUGUUACUGCGGAGAGAAGAGCCUGCUGGGACAGGGUGAGCUCAAGAUGUUCGGCCCCACGCCCGGGUACGUCCCGCUGCACAUCCGGAACCGGAGGGGCAGCUCUGAGAACGACACCGACGUGGACCGGAGCCCAGAACGGAGCGAGGCCGAGCACGGGCUGGGAGACCCGGCGAAUGGGCCGCUCUCUCCCUGCGACGGGAUGGCGGAUGUGUUUGGGGAGGAGCCGGCCGGGAAGCUGUGGGGGGAGCUGGGCCAGGUCGGCCUUCCUGACGACAUCAACGUCCAGUCACUGUUCGAUCCCACAGGGCAAUGCUGUGCCCAUCUGCGCUGUGCAGCGUGGUCAGAGGGGGUGUGUCGGGGGGAGGGACAGUCACUCCUCUACGUGGACAAAGCCAUCGACUCAGGGAGCACAAAGCACUGUGCAUACUGUAAGCGCCUUGGAGCGUCCAUCAAGUGCUGCGUGGAGAAGUGCGUCCGCUCGUACCACUACCCCUGCGCCGCCGCCACCGCCGGGACCUUUCAGGACAUCAGCAGCCGCACCCUCCACUGCCCGGAGCACGUCCAGCUGGCCCUCCGCAGAUACGAGGACGCGGCGAACUGCGCCCUGUGCGACGGCCCCGGCGACCUGCUGGACCGGCUCUUCUGCACGAGCUGCGGCCAGCACUACCACGGCCUGUGCCUGGACGUCACCGUGAGCCCGCUGAAGAGGGCCGGCUGGCAGUGCCCCGAGUGCAAGGUCUGCCAGACGUGCAAGAACCCUGGAGAGGACAGCAAGAUGUUGGUCUGUGAUAUGUGUGACAAGGGCUAUCACACUUUCUGCCUGCAGCCAGUGAUGGAUACUAUUCCCACCAAUGGCUGGAGGUGUAAGAACUGCAGAGUGUGCAUUCAGUGCGGCACCAGGACCAGUGGCCAGUGGCACCACAGCUGCCCGCUGUGUGAGGGCUGCUACCAGCAGCAGGACUCUUCGGUGCCCUGCCCCCUGUGCGGGAAGUCCCUGAAACCCGAGCUCCACAAAGACCUGCUCUCCUGUCACUCCUGCAAAAGGUGGUUCCACGCUGACUGUGAGAGGCAGGCGGGGGGCGACGUGGAGGCCCCGCAGAGGGACGACUACGUCUGCACCGCCUGCAAGCAAGCGGAGCGGGACCCUGCCCAAACCCAGAGCGACCCAGCCCAGGAGAUCGCCACGCCCGCUCCAGAGCCUGCCUCGGACCCUGGAAGUGUGGACAACGGCGAUGCACCACAGGGGGACAGUGGUUUUAACACAGCUUCUGCCAGUGAGGAACGGAGAGAUACCCUGUCAGCCCUGGAUCCAGCACAGGAAAUCCAAGUGACCGUCACGGUGACCGAGCGUCCGGCAUCACCCCAGCUGGUGCCGGGUUCAGUGGACGAGCUUGGGCAGUCUGCUCAGGGCACACCGGCGGUCCUCGUGGCCGGGGUGAUGGAGGUGGCAGACAGCGUCGGAGCGACGAAAGAGUCGGCAGACAUCCCUGUCGAAGAGGCGGGGUCCAAGCUGAUGGCGGCCAGCCCCGGAGAGGUGUUCUCGCCAACCAAAGAAAGCACCCAAGAGCCAAUGGCAAACCUGGAGGGGUCCGUGGAGGUGUCUCUCUCAUUGGAGAAAGGGGAGGAGUUUAGCAGGACGGGCCUGGAGGGGGAGGGGGAGGGUGAGGGGGAGGGGCAACAGGUUGGGGUUCUGCAGGAAGGAGGACAGCCGGGGUUUGUUGGUACCAGUGCCCAAGUAGAGAUGGAAACCACGCCCCCAGCAGAGAUGGACACCACGCCCCUGGUUGAGACGGACUCCACCUCCCAGCUAGAGAUGGACUCCACCUCGCAGGUGGAGAUGGACUCCACCUCCCAGCUAGAGAUGGACUCCACCUCGCAGGUGGAGAUGGACUCCACCUCCCAGCUAGAGAUGGACUCCACCUCGCAGGUGGAGAUGGACUCCACCUCGCAGGUGGAGAUGGACUCCACCUCGCAGGUGGAGAUGGACUCCACCUCGCAGGUGGAGAUGGACACCACCUCCGCAAGCGAGCACAGCUUGUGUGAACUCGGCUCGCCGACAGGGGAUGACGGGGAGCCGAUGCGGACCCCCGAAACUUCAUCCGGGGGUUCAGCCGGGCCCGGCCAAUCGCCCCUUUCAGUCGGUUCCUCACCCAAGGAGGCAGCCCCAACGCCGCCCACCCUGGCAACCGCCUUCAUUCCAGUGAUGCCAAAGAUCGGCAUGGGAAAGCCAGCCAUCUCCAAGAGGAAGUUCUCUCCAGGGAGGCCCAGGGUUAAGCAGGGAGCAUGGAGUGACCGUAGUGCUGUGAGUUCACCCUCUUGGUCCCCCGACCACUCAGACGGGUGGGAGACGCCCAAGAACAGGCAGCCAUUGACCCCGCCCCUCUGGACCGUUAAAGUGGGUCGAGGAUCGGCCUUUCCCGGACGGAGGCGGCCCAGGGGGGCCAGUCUCUCGGGGAGAGGAGGGAGGGGGCGCUCAAAGCUGAAGGGCGAAAUCUGCCCCGCCGUCACUCCGGGGCCGGGCUUGGUGGAGACGUUCGCGGUGAAAGAGGAGGAGGAGAACGCCAUGCACAACACCGUGGUCUUGUUUUCCAGCUCCGACAGCUUCACCCUCAGACAGGACAUGUGCGUGGUCUGCGGGAGUUUCGGGCAGGGCGCGGAGGGUAGGCUGCUGGCCUGCUCCCAGUGUGGACAGUGCUACCACCCCUUCUGCGUCAACAUAAAGAUCACUAAGGUGGUGCUGAGCAGAGGCUGGCGCUGCCUGGAGUGCACGGUGUGCGAGGCGUGCGGCCAGGCCACUGACCCGGGACGACUGCUUCUGUGCGACGACUGUGACAUCAGCUACCACACUUACUGCCUGGACCCGCCCCUGCAGACCGUCCCCAAGGGCGGCUGGAAGUGCAAAUGGUGCGUGUCCUGCACUAACUGUGGUGCCACCACGCCUGGCCUGCGCUGCGAGUGGCAGAAUAAUUACACACAGUGUGCCCCCUGCGCCAGCCUGGCCGCCUGCCCGGUCUGCCUCCGCAACUACCAGGAGGACGAGCUCAUCGUGCAGUGCCGGCAGUGUGACAGGUGGAUCCAUGCCUCCUGCCAAAACCUGAACACGGACGAAGAGGUGGAAAACGCGGCUGACAAUGCCUUUGACUGUACUAUGUGUCGCACCCACACCACCCCUUCACAGGUUAUGGCAGCAACAACGGCGCCAGAAACCGACAGCAACGACCCACCAAUCACAGCACAGAUUGUGACAAAAGCAAAAGAGCCAGCUCCAGAGCAGCAGAGGACGUACACUCAGGAUGGGGUGUGUCUGACGGCGCUGGGGCUGUCCCAGCUGCAGGGCCUUGCGGCCGCGGCGUCCAAACGCAAGCGGCCGAAGCCCAAACUCAAGCUGAAGAUAAUCAACCAGAACAGCGUGGCCGUGCUGCAGACCCCGCCCGACCCCCAGGCGGAGCUCUCCCGCGAUGAGGACCCGGAGGACGGCAGAGACGGGGACAUUUUAGACUGCGAGGGGAAGUCGGAGUCCAGCCCUGAACGAGAGCCUGCGGAUGAGGACUGCAAGGGGGCGGAGGGCGCGGACGGGGCCAAGAAGAGGAAGAGGAAGCCAUACCGCCCGGGCAUCGGUGGGUUCAUGGUUCGACAGCGGAGUCGGACCGCACAAGGCAAGGCCAAACAUUCCCUCUCUCGGAAGGACUCCUCAGGGUCUGUAUCUGAGAAUCUGCCAGGGAAGGAGGAAGGAGGUUGGAAUGAGGCAAUGCCUGACACUCCAGUGGAGGAGGCUCCGCCCGGACUCGAGUCACUGGAGAAGGUGAAGAAGCGUUACAGGAAGAAGAAGACUAAACUGGAAGAGGAAUUCCCUUCAUAUUUACAGGAGGCGUUCUUCGGGAAGGAGCUGCUGGACAAGAGCAAGCAGGCCAGGCAGACCCCAGAGACGGCCCUGUCCGACGACGACCGCGCCCAGGCCCACAGCAAACCCCCCAGUGCCACCGCCAGCUUCCUGGACCCGUCCUCUGACCCGCUGCUCAGCGCUGCCACCACCCCCAUCUCCAACAAAGCUGGCGCCUUGGCCAACUCGGAAGACCCGUUAGUGGACUUGUCGGAGGUGCUGAACACGGACGACGACAUCCUGGGAAUGCUGUCCGGCGACCUGGCGAAGCCAGGCGACGAUUCAGGUCUUGGUUUGUGCCCGUUUCAGGUGGAGAACUCUCCGUCUCCAUUUGCUGGCUUGGAUAUCGGCCCCAUCCCUGAUGACCCUGUGAUCGCCCCCCAGCCGCAUCCGAGCCGCACCCAGCGGACUCUUCCAGUGGAACCCCUGGAUGGGAUUCUCAGCCCCGAGCUGGAUAAGAUGGUUACAGACGGGGCAAUUCUCAGUAAACUGUACAAAAUACCAGAGCUGGAGGGGAAGGACGUGGAAGACCUGUUCACUGCCGUCCUGAGUCCUAGCCGCACCCAACCCUCUCAGCUCACACACCCACUUCCCCCCAACACUGUGCCCUCUACGCAAGGACCCCCAAUGCCUCUACCAAACCCGGGAGAUGGUAUGUUUCCACGGAUGCCAGUGAUGAACGGGCUAACGGGACCGAACCACCCCCACUUUCCCUCGGGUCCCAUGGGCCCUGGUGGGGUGGGACCCUGCGUCCCCAACAACUUCUCUCCGAUUCAGCGCAUGCCAUUCCCCGAAAACAUGAGGGAGAAGAAGUUCAACCCCAUGCGGAGCGAGAUGGGACGCCCCUGGCCUGCACCUGCGCCCGGCCCAGCCCCUCUCGCCGCCCCCUUGCCCGAGGGGGAGACUGACACCAUGUCCAAUGCCCAGCGGAGCACGCUGAAGUGGGAGAAGGAAGAGACCCUGGGGGAGUUGGCCACAGUCGCCCCUGUCCUCUACACCAAUGUCAACUUCCCCAACCUCAGGGAAGAGUUCCCAGACUGGACAACCAGGGUUAAACAAAUCGCUAAGCUCUGGAGGAAGGCUAGCUCUCAGGAGAGAGCCCCAUAUGUGCAAAAGGCCAGGGAUAACAGAGCGGCCUUGCGCAUAAACAAGGUUCAAAUGUCCAAUGAGUCCAUGAAGAGACAGCAGCAGCAGCAGCAGCCCGAUCUCUUCGACCCCAGCGUGCCCCUGGACUCCGAGAGCCUUUUCAAGGACCCGCUGAAGCACAAGGAGUCUGAACACGAGCAGGAAUGGAAGUUCAGACAGGGAGAGUUAAUUCAGAUGUGGGGACCCGUUAAGAAGCAGCAGGAAAAGGUCCCAAAAACCAAAGCCAUAAAAUCAUCAAAUAAAGAAGUCCUUUUUGGACAUUCCAGCCAGGCAACUAUAGCUACAGGAUGUGGAAAAAUGUCUCUGCAAAUGAGACAAAAAAGCAAACAGCAGGCCAAGAUUGAAGCUACCCAGAAGCUGGAGCAGGUUAAAAAUGAACAGCAGCUACAACAGCAGCAGCAGCAGCAGCUGCAGUAUAGCAGCCAAUCAGGGGGCGAGCCUGCCUCCAGUGGAAACCAGAGUCCUGCGACACCCCAACCAAGCAAUGGAAACACAUCCCCAUUGCAACCUAUAAAUCCCAAAGAAGGGUUCCCUAGGUCCCAGCUACCAGUGCCCCCCUCGUCUGCUCCCUUGGACGAUGUGUUUGUGCGCCCCCAGCCUCCACCCCCCGCCACUGCACGGACUCCGAUCCAAGACACCUGUUUCCAGGGGCAGCAGCCACAGGCUUCAUCCCCACAGAUUUUCCCGCCCAGCACCUCUGCUUCCCGACCAACCUCCCCAUGGGACCCCUAUGCCAAAAUGGUGGGGACCCCUAGGCCACCACCUACAGGGUCAGGCACUACCCGGAGGAGCUCGGUGGGGCCACAAUCCCCUGCCCAUGAGCCCUUUGGCUCACCCACAUCCAUGUACAGCGAGGCCUAUACCACGCAGCUUGACACUCCCCGUUCCACCGUGCCUAACGACCCAUUUGUGAAACCCAUGGGGCCGCCAAGGGCUGGCCCCAUUCCUGAGCCCACAGGGAGGCAUGCAGCGGGCGGUGGCACUGGAGAUUCGUUCACCCGGCUAGGGCUCAGAGCUGAGGUCUACCAACGCAUGUCCCACAACCGGAUGAUCCUCUCUGACCCCUACUGCAAGCCACUGCUAACCCCCAUCCCUGGCAGCAAUGAAUCCGGCUCUGUCUCUCUGUUCAAAGCCCCUAUGCCACCUCCCCAAUCCCAGGAUCCUUUUGGGUCUGCGCCAUCCACCCCGCGGCGUCCGGCCGUGGAUUCCUAUGAAAAGCCUGGGUUUUCCCAAAAUGAGGAUAGCGACCCCUAUGCACACCCUCCCCUCACUCCACGUCCGUCCAUGAAUGAUAGCUUCUCCACCCCUCCUAGAAUGGCUCGGCACCCCCAGGGUACCCUCUUCUCAGCACCUUUGCCUAUGAGCCGGCAUCCCCACCGAGAUCCAUUCACACAGACCCCUUCAACCCCCAGGCCUGAUUACUCCCAGCAGUCCCCUGAUCCUUACGCUCAACCCCCUGGCACCCCUAGACCAUCUGUGGACCCCUAUGCUCUACCACCUGGCACCCCUAGACCACCUGUUGACCCCUAUGCCCAACCACCUGGCACCCCAAGACCAUCUGUUGACCCCUAUGCUCAACCACCUGGCACCCCAAGACCAUCUGUUGACCCCUAUGCCCAACCCCCUGGUACCCCUCGACCAUCCGCUGACCCUUAUGGUCAGCCGCCUGGCACCCCCAGACCUGAUCCUGACCCUUAUUCACAGCAGCCCUUCACUCCUAGGCUGACCCCUGCAGAUCAGUAUCCUCAGCAGCAGCCCAUUCGCAUGUCAUCCCCUUCCCAACCAGUAGACCCUUACGCCCGACCACCGGGGACCCCAAGACCCACAAACAUCCAGCAGCUCGGUACUGCAAGACUGGUGCUGAAUGACCCUUAUGCCCAGCCACCGGGCACCCCCCACCCCGGAGCGUCCCAUGGGGACCCGUUCGCUCGGCCGGCAGCCCUUGGCACCCAGACGCCUAAACAGUCUGGUAUGGUGGAUGAUGGCUUUGGCCAGCUGCAGCCUAACCAAGCUGGCCUGACUCUGGCUCAUGACCCCUAUGAGCAGGCGCCAGUGACCCCACGCCCACAGUCUGGGGAGAGUUUUGCUCAUGACAUCAAAGAUCAGCCUGGGAUAGGGCAUGAGGGUACUUCCCUGGCUAUGGGGCAUUUACCAAAUCUCCCACAGUCCACAGGGAAUGCCCCUGAUGCUCAAAGCAGCGGGGUACAGCCUCUUCUGGUAGACUCCGAAGAGAAGCUCAAACAGCGGCAGCGUCUGAGGGAGCUGAUCCUCAGGCAGCAGCAGCAGAAGAGUGCCAUCCGCCAGGAGAAGGGCCUUCAGGAGCCACCCAUGCCCCAGGCCCCUGGGGGCCCCGGGGGCCCCCGACACUGGUCUCAGGAGGACCCCGGAUCCCAGAAUGAACUUUUCAGCAGGCCCCCUCCCCCAUACCCGGGUAUGAUGAGAGUUUCUCCGAUGGCCCCUGGGGGUCAGAGGUUCCCCGGGCCCUUCCUGAGUGACCAACAAGGGCCCUUCCCAUCCAACGGCCAGUUUUCCAGACCUCAGUUUCGUGGAAUCAUGGGCAUGAGACCACACGGUGCAAGGUUUGGAAUCCCGGCUGGUGGGCAGGGAGGGCAGGAGCACUUUCUUCGACCCUCGCAGCCCAUGCAAGGUUUGAUGACGGAUGUCCCCCAGCAGAUGAGGAGGUCCCUUUCAGGCGAUCUGGCCCAGUCAAUGGGAGGAAACCCAACCGGUCUCCACCAGCACUUCCCCCCCAGGGGCCUGCAGAUGCAGCAGCACAACAUCAUGGGCCAGCCCUUCAUCGAGCUCAGACACCGAGCUCCCGAGAGCAGGCUGCGACUCUCCUUUGGACCCCCUACCAUGGCGGCCUCUGACCACCCUCAGCGACCACCAGGGUUUGGGGAUGGGGCAGGGCAAGAGUUUGCCAGCAAUCCUAGCACAAGGAUGGGGACAGGGGUCAUGACAGCGGGACAGCCUCAUGGCAUGGGCGACCACCUGCAAAUAUCAUCCAGCUUAGAGAACCUGCACCAGCUCCCUGCUAUGACAAUGGGAGCUGGCCCCCAGCACCCUCCCCUAAUGCGGUCACUAAGCCACCCAGCUACUAUCGAGUCCUUUGGCAUGGCUCCACCCACUCUCCUCCCCCUGGCAGCUCCGCCUGCUGAGCAGCGAGAUGAGAUUCCAAUGGUCCCUUCUGAGGCUAUGGAGGAGAAGCUUGAUACCGAAGACUCCGCUGUGAAGGAUUUGGAGGAUGUAGAGGUGAAAGACCUGGUCGAUGACGACCUGGAGAACCUCAACCUAGACCCAGAUGAUGGGAAAGACCUGGACCUGGAGGCUAAUGACCUGCACCUGGAUGAUCUACUGACGUCCGGGAAUUUCGACAUCCUCGCCUACACGGACCCUGAGCUUGACCUUGGAGACAAGAAGGAUAUGUUCAAUGAGGAGCUGGACCUCAACGACCCCGUCGAGGAACACGGCGAGGCCUCCGAAAUGCAGAAGGCACUGUCCGAGAAGAGGAACGCUAGCUCAGCCUCGUCAGUGUCAGCACCACAUGCUGUGCUUAAGGAGGAAAAACCACUUAGUGCAACAGAGCAGAGUCGAGUCAAAAGGGAAACCGGCACUGGUGAUGACCCAGCUCAUCCAUUGCGUUCUGAGUUAACUGUUAAAACUGAAGUCAAAGAGGGAAUGUGUCAAAACCUAGAGAUCUCCAGCUGCCCAGGGCAAACCAGUGAUGGGUCAUAUAAUAACCAGGAAUGCCUGGAGGCUGCUCAGUCUUGUGCUGAGGCUUCCAAACCCGGCUCCACAGCAAUUCUCUCCAACCUAGUAGUCCAGGAGAAGCAGGGGGAAACCAGAAUGGUCCCAACAACCAUUGCCAACCCACUUGACCCCGUGACUCAAGCUAACCCAGGCCUGCAUCAGAACCAUUGCCUUUCGGUACCAGAUCAUCCUAUGAACCCAAACCUCAGGAUGGACCCUUCUUUUGCUCAGGGGGCAGCAAUGGGAAACUCAGGGUUCCCACUCAGACAACCUCCCUGCCAGAGCUUUGGAGUCACAGUCCAGCAGGCCUACCCAGGCCUACCAAUGGGGGGUCAGCACCUCCCCCGUAAUCUGGUGCCCCAGGGCCAGCAGGCAGCAUUCCCGCAGGACCAGGGCCCCCACUCAACAGCCCAGCACAACAGGCCCCUGCUCCUGGAAGAGCAGCCGCUCCUCCUGCAGGAUCUCUUGGACCAAGAGAGGCAGGAGCAACAGCAGCAGAGACAGAUGCAGGCCAUGAUCCGCCAACGCUCCGGUGACUCCUUCCCCAGCAUUGGUGAGACCACCAUCCAGCUCCCCGACUUUGAUGCCAUAACAGACCCAAUCAUGAAAGCCAAGAUGGUGGCCCUGAAAGGGAUCAACAAAGUGAUGGUGCAGAACAACAUGGGAAUGCCUCCAAUGGUCAUGAACAGGAUUCAGCUAGGUGGUCAGCAAGUUCCUGGAGAACAGUGUCCUGACAGUGGUGCAGUUCUGCAGAGUGCUGUUGGACAGGACAUCAAGGUGGCACAACACUUGGCGAGACCUAACCCCCCAAAUUUAGGGCCUGGAUUCCCAAACGACGCUCAAAAGAAACAGUAUGAGGACUGGCUGAAGGACACCCAGCAGCUGCUGCAGAUUCAGCAGAAGUUUCUGGAAGAGAAGAUCGGGGCCCACAGGAAAUCUAAAAAGGCCCUCUCGGCCAAGCAGCGUACAGCCAAGAAAGCGGGUCGCGAGUUCCCUGAGGAGGACCAGGAGCAGCUGAGACAUGUGACAGAGCAGCAGAGCGUGGUGCAGAAGCAGCUCGAGCAGAUACGGAAGCAGCAGAAGGAACAUGCUGAGCUAAUAGAAGAGUAUCGGGUCAAAGAGCAGGAACAGCAGUGCAGCAUGCCGCCACCCAUAAUGCCUGGAGCUCCGCCCCAAGGAGCCGUGAUGCCUGGAGCCCCGCCCCAAGGAGCCAUGAUGCCUGGAGCUCCGCCCCAAGGAGCCGUGAUGCCUGGAGCCCCGCCCCAAGGAGCCAUGAUGCCUGGAGCUCCGCCCCAAGGAGCCGUGAUGCCUGGAGCUCCGCCCCAAGGAGCCGUGAUGCCUGGAGCCCCGCCCCAAGGAGCCAUGAUGCCUGGAGCCCCGCCCCAAGGAGCCAUGAUGCCUGGAGCCCCGCCCCAAGGAGCCAUGAUCCCUGGGCCCCUGCCCAUGGGCCAGCCCAUGAUGAGUCACAUGAUGCAAAUGCAGCAGCAGCACUUGGGCCAGCCUGCCCCGCCCCGCAUGACCAGGGUCCCAAGCUGGCAGUCUGGUGCUCCAGGCCCCAUGGGGGGCUCCGGAAUGCCUCCUCAUCUGCCCCCACAAAUGCCCCAGCCCACCUUGCCUGGGCAGCUGCCUAUGGCGGGAACCAAACCCCUGCCCGCGGGGGCGGCGCCAGCAGGUAACGGCACGGGCCACGGCGACGGCGGCGGAGCCCCUCAGGUGAAGUUUGAUGACAACAACCCCUUUAGCGAGGGCUUCCAGGAGCGGGAGAGGAAGGAGCGUCUACGAGAGCAGCAGGAGCGGCAGCGCGUCCAGCUCAUGCAGGAGGUGGAGCGGCAGCGAGCCCUGCAGCAGCACCUGGAAAUGGAGCAGCAGCAGCCGGGCAUUCUGGGAGCUGAAACCAACCGGAUGACCUUCUACAAUUCAGACAUGCCCCAUGACUUCAUGCAGCCUCAAAGAACCCCACAACAGCAGCAGCAGCAGCAGAUGGGGGCGAUGUUCCCUCAGCAGCAGGGUAUGCAGCCAGGUUUCAUGGCCUUGCCCUCUGGCGCCCCCUUCAUGUCGGGAGGGGAAUGUCAGCCAAUGCCGGGAAAUGGACCCUUCUCUGUCGAAAUGGGACCUAACUUUCAGUCAAAACACCCCAUGCUGCCGGGGUCUGGGUUUUCCUUGGGACAGCCCAGGCCUGUGGGCUUUGGGGGGCCCGCCGCAGUGUCCCAGGGAGGUGGCGAGGGUCCGCCCUUUGGCAUGGAGCUGCCCACGCCUCUGCCCCCGAACUACCCUGGGUCAGGUCAGUCACUGAUUCAGCUCUACUCCAACAUCAUCCCGGACGAGAAAGGGAAGAAGAAAAGGAACCGCAAGAAGAAAAAGGACGAGGAUGCCGAGCCUGUGAAAACUCCAUCCACCCCACACUCUGACCUUACCGCCCCCUUCACCCCCUGUGUCUCUGAUACCUCCUCCACCCCCACAAGGAGCACCCUGCAGCCCGUGGACCCCGAGGAGGGGACAGGUGUGUCUGAGCACUUAUCGGACCAACAGCACAAGGUCCUCUCAGAAAUCAAGCUGGAGAGGGUAGAGCCAGGCGACUGCAGUGGGCCCAGGGAGUCCAAGCUGGCGGAGCCGUCAGAGACCGUUAAGGUGGAGGAGGGGAAGGAGGCGGCCUCGCCUCUCUCUGACGGCCAGAGCCCCGCCCACAGCACCAAGGGGGAGUCCGGCAACGAGCUGCUGAAACACCUGCUAAAGAACAAGGGCGCGCCCCAUGCCCCGCCCCAUCAGAUACCGAACGACGGGCCACACUCGGAGGACGAGGGAUCGAUGGACAGCAGGACCCCGCAGAAGCACACGCCCACAGACGCCGUUGCUUCGGGUAAGAAGAAACAACGCAACAAGAGGGUGCCCAAAAGCGUGGAGAAAACCGUGUCCCGUUGCAAAAAGAGGAAGAAGGAAGAGGAACCACAGAUGGUCUAUUCCAGCACUGACACAUUAAUGACCCAACUCAAACAGCAGCUGUCCCUCCUGCCGCUGAUGGAGCCCAUGAUCGGGGUGAGCUUCGCCCACUUCCCGCCCUACGGCAGCGGCCAGCUCAACGGGGAGAGCCGCCUCUCCGGCGCUUUUGGCAGCGCCUCCUUGGACGGCGUGUCCGACUACUACUCCCAGCUCAUAUACAAGAACAACCUGAGCAACCCCCCCACUCCCCCAGCCUCCCUGCCCCCCACCCCUCCCCCGCUGGCUCGACAGAAGAUGGUGAACGGGUUCGCCACCACCGAGGAGCUGGCCAGAAAAGCAGCAGUCAUGGGCAGCCAUGAUGUGGCCAAAAGCCUUGUGCCAAAGCAGCUCCAGACGCCGUUUAGGCCCGAGGACCUGCUGGCGCGAGCGAUGGCACAGGGGCCCAAAAGCGUGGACGUGCCCGCCUCCCUCCCCACACCCCCCCACAACAAUCAGGAGGAGCUCAGGGGACAGGAACACUGUGAGGAAAGAGACACCCCGGAAAGCUUUGUCCCCUCCUCCUCCCCUGAAAGUGUGGUCGGUGUGGAGAUCAGCCGUUACCCCGACCUCUCUCUGGUGAAAGAGGAGCACCCAUCCCCUGCCCCCUCCCCAGUCCUCCCCCUGCUCCCCAGCUCCAGUGGGAAAGCGACUGAAGCCAAGCAGCGGGAAGUCAAGAUGGAGCCUCAGAGCGUGUUCCCUGGGUCACUGUAUGGACAGCCCUCUAACUGCUCCAAAGCAGGACUGGUAUCCAUAGCGAUCAGCCUGAACCCAGCUGCAGCACAGAACAUUCCGGGCGUGGUGGCGGCGGUGGCAGACUUGCUGUGCGUGAAGAUCCCCGGCAGCUACGAGGUCAGCAGCGCCUCUGACAGGGGCCCCCUGAUGCUGCUCGGCGGCACUGGCCCCCAGGGCAUCAUGAGGUUCCUGAGGCCCCCGGGGAUGAUGUCAUCUCAGGUCACCGUCACUCCCAGAAGCAACGGUCCGGCUGCAAUCGGGGGCGACUGCACGACGGGGAAAGGAGACGCAGAGCUGAGAGCACAGUGGUGCUGCCACUGCAAAGUGGUGGUUCUGGGAAACGGAGUGCGAAAGUCCGUCAGAGACUUGCCCUGUGUCGCCCAGGACUCUCAGGACAGCUGGGGUAAGGAGGGGAGCCUGGUCUUCUGCAGCCACAACUGCUUCAUUCUGUACUCUGCUGCCAUGCAGUCCAAGGCCAACGAGCGCAAGCCUGCUGUGACCAUCUCCUCAAACUCCAUGGUUAAAGAGAGCCCUUUUAAAAUCCAGCACCGUUACAGCAACAACAUGUCCGCCCUGGAUGUCCACUGCCUGGCCCAGCUGCAGCCCAAGCAGUCCCCGCCCUCCACUCCGCCCAUAUCCUUCCCGGUCGCCGCCCCCGAGGCCACCCUGAAGGCGGAACCCAAGCCCGAUCCGCUCAAGGUGACGGUCAAGCUGAAGCCCCGCCCCCGGGCAGUCCACAACGGCACGGACGGAUCGCCGGCCCCGGGGCAGUCUCCCGGGAAGCGGUGGAAAGGCCUGCGCUGGCGGAAGUGGAGCGUCCACAUCGUGGUUCCCAAGGGCGACCUCCGCCAGCCGGACGAGGGCGAGAUCGACGAGCUCCUGCGGCGGCUGGGGGCGUCGCUGCGGCCCGAGCCCCUCCCCCGGGACCUCCGCCAGUGCUGCUUCUGCCACGAGGAGGGCGACGGGGUCACCGACGGCCCCGCCCGCCUGCUCAACCUGGACCUGGACCUGUGGGUGCACCUCAACUGCGCCCUGUGGUCCACCGAGGUGUACGAGACGCAGGCGGGCGCCCUCAUCAACGUGGAGCUGGCGCUCAGGCGGGGCCUGUCCGUCAAGUGCGCGUACUGCCAGCACACGGGCGCCACCAGCGGCUGCCACCGCCUCCGCUGCGCCAACGUCUACCACUUCACCUGCGCCCUCCGCGCCCAGUGCACCUUCUUCAAGGACAAGACCAUGCUGUGCCACCAGCACCGGCCACGGGGGGGCGCCCAGGGCCAGGAGCUGCGCUGCUUCGCCGUCUUCCGCCGCGUGUACGUGCAGCGGGACGAGGCGCGGCAGGUGGCCAGCGCGGUGCGGCGGGGCGGGCGCGACCGCACCUUCCGCGUGGGCAGCCUGGUCCUCCACGCCGCCGGCCAGCUCCUGCCCCAGCAGAUGGCCGCCUUCCACGCGCCCGCCGCCAUCUUCCCCGCCGGCUACGAGGCCAGCCGCAUCUACUGGAGCAUGCGCCACGGCAACCGCCGCUGCCGCUACAUGUGCGCCGUCGACGAGCGGGACGGCCGGCCCGAGUUCAGCGUCCGCGUCCUGGAGCAGGGCUACCGGGACCUGGUCCUCACCGACACCACGCCCAAAGGAGUGUGGGACCAGGUGUUGGGUCCCGUAGCGGAGCGGAGGACUGAGUGCGGCAUGCUCAAGCUCUUCCCCGUCUACCUGAAAGGAGAGGACCUGUUCGGCCUCACCACCUCCGCCGUCACCAGGAUAAUAGAAUCGCUCCCGGGGGUGGAGGCCUGCGAGACCUACACCUUCCGCUACGGCCGCAACCCCCUGAUGGAGCUGCCGCUGGCCUUCAACCCCACCGGCUCCGCCCGCUCCCAGCCCAAGGGCAGCUCGCACGUCAAGAGGCCUCACACCCUGACCAGCAUCUGCUCCUCAAAGUCCUUCCAAAGCACAGUCGCCGGGGAGAUCAGCACCCCGUACAGCAAGCAGUUUGUGCACUCCAAGUCCUCCCAGUACCGCAAGAUGAAGGCCGAGUGGAAGAGCAACGUGUACCUGGCCCGCUCUGGCAUCCAGGGUUUGGGACUGUAUGCUGCGAAGGACAUUGAGAAAUACACCAUGAUCAUCGAGUACAUCGGAACCAUCAUUCGCAAUGAAGUAGCCAACAGAAAGGAGAAGCUGUACCAGUCACAGAACCGUGGUGUGUACAUGUUCCGGAUCGACAGUGAACACGUCAUUGACGCCACCAUCACAGGCGGCCCAGCAAGGUAUAUCAACCAUUCUUGUGCACCGAACUGUGUAGCCGAAGUGGUAACAUUUGAAAAAGGCCAUAAAAUCAUCAUUAGCUCAAAUCGGAGGAUUCAGAAAGGAGAAGAGAUGUGCUAUGACUACAAGUUUGACCUAGAGGAUGACCAGCAUAAGAUCCCAUGUCACUGCGGGGCCGUCACCUGCCGAAAGUGGAUGAACUAAAGAAAAAAAAACCAGCAUUCCUUGGAAUUUGUUUUCAUUUUUAUAACGGGCCUGUUUUUUUUUUCUUUCUCUCUCUCUCCUGUGGAAGAAGUGUAUUCGAACUAGAACCCUGUCCGUGCCCCCACCCUAUAGGUCAAUUUGGUAACCGUGUGAUGAGAUUUGGGUCAAAGGCACAAGGAAAGAGAGCUCUUACCGGGGAUAGGGGUGAGGGUGACACAGAUUGACUGUUUUACUGGAAUUUUUGUGCUGUGUGUGUGUAUGUGUGAGUGAGAGAGAGUGUGUGUGUGUGUGUGUGUGUGUGUGUGUGUGUGUGUG